GGAGCCGCCGUCUGCUCGAUCGGGUGGAUGUUGUUGUUGUUGUGUUACAUCGUUGCGAUAUGACCACGCGUGUGCGGGCCUAACGCCGUUAUAACAUCGCGCUGCUGGGUUCAGGCCGGGAGAGGUUCUCCACGGGGCUCUCUGUCCGUGCGCUACGGCAGCGGUGCAGGGAAUGUCAACAGCGCCUACACCUCUGCGUUGUUGACCUGGUCAAGGACUAUGAUAGCUAGGGCAGCACAUACAUCUCCGCAUUAGUUAACCUGGUCAAAGACUAAGAUCACAAUAGGUCAGGGCUCUCGGUUCUCGUCAUAGGAAUGUGGAAUUUCAGCCACUGGCUCAGGACCACCAGUGGAGAUGGGUACCUGAACAGAGAAUAUAAUUUAAAUUUUGGAAUAUCACAGUUUAUACAGAUCCCCAAUUGUAGUGAUUCGAGAAUCGAGGUAAUGAGUGUAAUCGGGCUCUAAUUUGAGUAAUUAUUGACCGAACCUACAACCCGUUUUUGUUUUGUAAAUAGUACCAAGGUUGAUUCUAGAUUUAAAUACUACCAGGGUUGUGUUUCAAACUGCUUCGUUGACAAAAAGAGACGGUCACGCAACGUCACGUGACGAUUGAUGUGACUUGGUAUGAAAGCGAUGUGCCAACCAAAGUACUGGACUUGUAGCUGCAGUACAGUGCUGCAUACACCGAGAUACUCGGGGCGUUGAUGCGGUGGUUCUCAAGGCGCGGGUCCCACCCCACCAGGUGACCCGUGACGGCCCUCCACGUGGUCCGCGGGGCUCUGAUUCAAAUGCAGGUUGAUCCGCAAAUGACAACAAUGUUCAUACCUUUUCAUGAAAUGUAUUUACAUUUUUGUUAUGUUUAAUAAAUUAAGUGAGGCAAACUAAACUGAUUGAACUACCGAAAGCCGAUGAUCUAAGUGCCCCCCCCGUCAAAAAAACCUUAUCGCUGCAUUAAAAACAAUGUUCCGGUAAUAUGAAUAAUUGUGUACUCCUGGUAUUGAAAGAGAAGGGAAUGCGGUUUGUCACCAGGGGGGCUGGGUGGUCCGCGGAAAUUUUGUGGUCAAAAUAAGUCUAAGAAACACUGCGUUAGUGUACAGGCUUUUAUUCCAUUGCAAAGUUGCAAUUCUAACUUUUAAUUGAGAAACGAGGACACAUUUAUCGCGCGGUUACUUAGACCACUGCGCCCUGUGUACCUUAGCAUGUGCCAAUCAUCAGAAUUGAUUACCGGUUUACCAGCUAUCAUUUAAGAAUCCUACAAGAUACUUGCCUUGGAGGGGAAAAAAAAAACAUACUUUAGAGUAACGAUAGAGUACAUCAUUACGGCACUUUAGAAACAUCACCGAGGCAUCGCCUUGCCGCGAUAAAAUAAUAACGGUGGUGUCACGAGAGUUAUGUGAUGGGACGCCUGACAAGAUAUAACGUAUAUUCGUGUAGCUACAAGAUUGAGAGCUGUUCCUCGGUGCCAGUCCUCGUGAACAUUCUAUGGGUACAGCUGUCUGUGCUCGCCAACCUUCAGGUACAUGCAGUGUGCAGUGAUGUAAUUUGCAUAAGAAUAUAUAAAAGAUUGGCGAUCUCGAAAAGGCUGACCGUUUUGGGGUACACAAGAAUUAGUUGCGAAAUACUGCUGCGAGAUAUACUGUGUUAAUUAAUAUACCUUGUGGGCAGCAGAGGGCAGUGCAACACAAUCAAAUGUUACACCGCUAUACUCUCCGCGCCGUGACGGCCAACACCAGUAACGAUUAUCUGAAUCGGUCCUGGUCCUACCCUAGGUCGGAUCAGCCUCAAAUAUGUACCGGGUGCGAUGUGUAAAAUUCUCCACUCUGGAGACAAAAUACGGGCCGGGCGUGGUGUUGUGCCAACCUUCAUAUGUGCUCGCUAACACUUGCCCCAACAGUCUGUUAACGCUGUACGAGGGAUCCGUGUCUUUGUUUAAAGCUCCGUGUAUGAGUGAGGCUGCGUGUCGGGCCCCGGAGCGUCCGGGGCUGGAGACGGUGACGCUGUGCGUGCGCCUCGUGCGCUCCUUCGAGCACCGCAACUUCCGCGAGCUCGUCUUCCACGACGUCGCCGUCUCGCAGAGCGUGCGGGACUUCAUGAGCUUGCUUCUGCGAGAAAUUCCGACAAGAGCACAGCUGCCUCCUCCAUUUAAGAAACACACUUACGAUACUCUCAAGAUUAUUCAUCAGGCACACGGCGCAAAGACGAAUGAGCUGGUGGUGAGCCUGGAGGACGACGAGCAUCUGCUGCUGCACGAUGAGCAGACGCUGCACGACUCCGGCGUCCGUCAUGAGACGGUGCUGGCAUUCUUUCUGCUGGCGGACUACAACAAGUACAAGAUGAACCCAACCUUGACCUGGUGAAGGCCUCUGGGUUUCAUCACCACGUCCCGAUGAAGAAACCUUCAUUGCCACGCCUAGAUGGAGACCUCAACACGCAGUCAGCACCACGUCUUGAUGAGGUCCUUUGUGGACGUUAUCGUCAAGUCUUGAUGAAGACCUCUCAGGAACCCUUCAUAUGUUGAUGUUGUCCUCUCGCUGUCUCGAUUGUCAAGACUUCUAGACCCCAUCAUGUCUAGAAGUAGACUUCUCGGGACCUUGAUGAACCUCAUCGUAUGCCUCUGCACCACAUUUUUCGCCACAAUCUGAUUGUAAAGACCUCUUCAAAUUUCGCUUUGGUAUCAAAACCCCAAACCAAGGCCACUUUGUGUAUCUGAAAAAAAGAUGAAUGUAUGGGAUGUGAAAAAAAGAGGUCAUCUUUGUCCAUAUUGGCAGGUAAUCCCCCCUCUGACCCCCUCCCACCACACAAUAUGAUGAAUUGUCAACAUACGGGGGUUUAAUUUCUCUUCCUGUCAUCGUGAACUGAGAACCCCUCGUGGCUGCAGGUAUUACUCGACCCAAUUAAAUACCACGUGUACGAACAACAAGCCGUUGAUUAUUACUCCCGCAGUUCAAUCAGUGCAUAUCAAGUGUGGGUGCAGCGGUGGUGGCAGUGGUUAGCACACUGCGCUAUGGUGAAGUAUGGUGACUGACACGAUGUGGGGGAGGCCUUCAUCCAAGAGUGAAUUAACAAAGAAGCCGCAGGUUUAAGUUGCUUUAAGCAUAUGCAGGAGGUUGUGGGUUCGAUCCCGACCCCGACGCCUGUAUAUUUUUAGUUUGCAUGAUUUCCCCGUGGCCGUGUGGAUUUUUUCCGGGUCCUCCGGUUUUUCCCUCCACAUUUAGAAACAUGCGUUUAGAGUAUUUGGCUGUUUUAAAAUUCAACGUGAUAAGCCACUUCGUUGAGCUAUUAUUUGUGGCCAGGUCGCUUCUGAAAAAUAUCUACAUAGCUGGUAAAAUAAAAGUAUUAGUUUCAUAGCUUAAGAAUCGAUGGUGCGUUGGUGCAUCAUCAUUACUUGCAUGCUAUUCAUUGACAUCUGUUACAUAUAGUCCAUGAGCUCAGAGCAGAUAUCCUAUUUGUCGGUACCACCCAAUGUGGCAUAACUUCCGUGGUUCCAAUUUAUUCAUGCGGCCAAUAACUGAAUUAUGUGGUCACCAUGUGAAAUAAGUGGGGUCAUAAAUAAAAUCCCUGGUAUUUUGCCACGGAAAUAAAUCUGUCGUAAUGUUUUACUACAUUGCGGUGGUACCAAUUUCCGCUUUGGCCCAUUGGCGAGUAAAAUAUGUUAAGUAGUCGCUCUGUGAUGAGCACAAUGGGGCGCGUUCAAAUUGAAAAGCAAUAAACAUGCAUGGGUGUUCAAUCAUAGGGCUGCAUUCCCACGUUAUCGGCUGUGUUUUUUCUCUUCGUAAUACAGUGUUGUAUACCAGAGCGUGAAGGCGCCUUAAAUGUUGCUUUUGAUAUAUCAGCUGGGAUUGAAUUAUCGGCGGUACCGUUUCGGGUAGCGCAGACGUAAAUAAAUAGGUCACAAGAAAUCUGGGGCUCAAUUCAAAAUGAUUGUUCAGAGGCGCGUCACCGUGAUUGCCCAGUAUUUAUUGAUUUUUCUUGUGUCAAACCACCAGACCACCCAGCAACAAUAAUUUUAACACUCGGCUAAUAAACACUCGUAAAGUUGAAACUUGUCAACUGUUUGCGUGGUUAAGCAAACUGCUACGUAAAAAUACGUUGCGUCAGAAAUUCUAAUGACUUAUGGACCUGCAAUGAUUUCGGGUGAUGAAGCAAGCACUUUUUUUUUAAAUUCCAUGUUUUAUUUUCACAAUCAUUGUACAGCACCGUCAAUACUGAAGGAGAUCAUAUUGAAUGACUGGUGCCACGUAUUACUGCAAUAAAGCGAGCCGGUAUUCUCAAAAUGAAUUCAAUGUGAAAUCUUCCAACGACACAAGCUGGCAAUACAUUCUGAGUCUCGUCGUUCGCCAUCGGGGCCGGUGUCAGGGAAGCCGGGUCCUGGUGACAGGGGGAGGAGGUUUCCGACGAUGUAUGUAUGUUGAACUUCUUUCGCACCGUACGUAGCCAAACGUGCUAAUCAGAGUUGCGCGGGAAGGAAAAGUAACUAAAUACAGUUCUAAAGAAAUUAGUUUUCAACCUAUGUUUAAAGUGCACAACUCCAGCUGCUGCCUAAUAUCGGAAGGAAGAGCGUUCCAGACGGCCACAGAAGCGCAUCUGAAAGCGCGCGAUGCAGUGGCCGUCUUUGUUCGAUGGUUAGUUCCUCAGUGGCGAGUCGCUCAUACGGUGACCCCCACACACAUAACAACCCUUCUGUCCCCCGCAACGCAAAGGAGAUGGGUGAAAGUGGAGCUUUGUUACAAUUAAAAUCUACUGAAUGCA